AUGAAACAAAAACCAAACAUUGUCAAAACAUUGUCAAAAACAUUGGCUGCUUAUGUACACGAGCUUGAAACUGAAAUCCAAAUUUUAACAAAUUACCGUAAUAAGUCCGCGGAUGGACUUAGUUUAUACUUUUUAAUGAAUUGGCUUUUGGGCGAUUUGGCAAAUCUGGCCGGCUGCAUACUGACUAAGCAGUUGCCAUUCCAGAAUCUUGAUUAUGAACUAACCUUAGAUUCUGAAGUACCACAUGGUUCAAGAUUUUCUAUGAUUUCGUUGAGAGACUCGAUAUUAGAAGGUGCAAAAAAAAGUUACACGUUUCCAGAAUUAAAGAAAGGAACACAUAAACGAAUAAAAUCUGUUGAAGGACUUUCAAUACUAUUGUUCAUAUUUGCAGCUCUUGCUAAUCUCGCCUAUACUCUGUGCAUUUUGACUAACCCAUUAGCAUCAAAAGAUACUUCUUUUCUUCGUGAAGCCGUUCCUUACAUACUGGGAGCUAUCGGUACCUUAUCAUUUGACUCUGUCGUAUUUCUUCAAUGGUUAGCGUGGCGUGAUCCCGAUCGUCGAAAGUUUCGACGAAGUCAAAGUUAUUCAAGAAGUGAAAUUGAUUAUCAACAAGUGCCAAAUGUUAGGAAUAGUCGAAAUUCUGGGACUCUUUAUGAUCAUAGGAGGCACGAUUAUAUGAUAGAUGAUGGUUUUUUGGCUUGA